UAUUGGAAGGAAUGUUUAAAUAAAUACCGGAAGCCAUUAAAAGACCUUCCUUUGGGGCUACUACUACUACUUUCGUCGUCGUCUCCUCCAACCAACAAAAAAGUCGUCAAAUUCACAUUUUAGCUUCCUCCUCCUCUCUUCGCACGCGAUCCAAUCGCCGGAUUCACCUCUCUUUUUUUCUCCCUCCUUCGUUUUCGUGAUUUCAGUUUGGUGGAAUCAUCUCCGGCGAUUUUUGGGUGUGUGUUGCGUUGCUUGGAGGAUUACGUGGUUGUGUGUUUUCUCUCAAGACGAGUUUCUGAGAUUAUAUUUCUCUUGAGGAGGAGGAGAGACAUGGAGGAAGAGUCUACUUCUUGGAUAAGGAGGGCCAAGUAUUCUCACACCAUUUGUCAUCGUCUCAUCACCCCUAGAUCAGACUCCUUGCCUAUUACUCCAACCAAGACUUGUUCUGGUUCGAAAAGAAUGCCUCUCAGUUCACCCUCUGAUCUCAAGUCCCUUGUUGGACCUUCUCAGGCUAAGCACCAAGCCACCGGUUCCAAUUCUGCUUCUUCUUCUGAGAUAUAUCGAAACCCUUUCACCAACAGGAAGAGGGCUACUUCUCCGUCUCCUCAGAUACCCAUCUCUGAAUCUUUCAAAGAAGCAAAGUCUGUCGUCAAGAGAUUCUCAACUCCUCAUCCCGUAAGAGUCGAACCACCAGCAACACCCACCAAGGGAAACUUCACCCGCAAAAGUUCAUUCGAGAAACUAUCCCACGCUCUCCGCCCUCUCUCUUUCUCGGGUCCUUUAAAGGACAGGCCCAAGAGCAAGAAGGAGAUGCGUUCUUCCAAGUCUUUUGAUCAUUCUAACGUAACUGCCAUGGGAGUGCUCGAAGAACACCGCGUCGACACCUCUGAUCUCACCCGUGGAGUCCUGUUCGCUCACGGGAAGUUCAGCCUGCUUUACCACGGUGUGUACAAAGGCGAAGCCGUCGCUCUCAAGAUCACAAGAGCGCCUGGUGAUUGCGAAGACAAAUUCUUGGGAGCUCGUUUGGAGAGACAGUUUACAAAGGAAGCCACUCUCUUGUCUCGACUUAGCCAUCCAAAUGUUGUCAAGUUUGUGGGAGUGAAUACUGGGAACUGUAUCAUCACGGAGUAUUUAGCUAAUGGGUCUUUGAGAUCAUAUCUGCACAAGCUGGAGAUAAAGUCCCUUCCUCUGCCGCAGGUAGUCAAGUUUGGUCUAGACAUUGCGAGAGGGAUGGAAUAUAUUCACUCAAAGAAGAUAGUUCACCGGGACCUUAAGCCGGAGAACGUGUUGAUUGACAAAGACUUCAACUUGAAGGUUGCAGACUUUGGCAUAGCGUGCGACGAGGAGGACUGUGAUGUACCGGGGGCUGAGACGGGGACGUAUAGGUGGAUGGCGCCAGAAGUGCUGAGAAGGAAACCACACGGAGGUAAGUCGGAUGUAUAUAGUUUCGGACUCGUUUUAUGGGAAAUGGCAGCUGGAGCAGUCCCAUUUGGGGAGAUGUCUCCUGUCCAAGCUGCUUUCAAAGUCAUGCACAAGAACACAAGACCGGUGAUACCAAAGAAAUGUCCAGCGGCGAUGAAAGAGCUGAUUGAGCAAUGCUGGUCGGUGGAAACAGAAAAGAGACCAGAGUUCUGGCAGAUUGUCAAAGUGUUGGAACACUUUGAAAAGUCAUUGAAAAACGAAGGGAGACUGACUCUUAUGCCCAACCAGAUAUGUCCACAAGCUAAGAAAGGUAAUAAAUACUGGAGUCAGAUCUUCGGGUUAGUCCACCACCACCACCACCACCACGACAGCAAUGACAACGAUACUGUAUGCCCAGCCAUGCCUAAGCCUAGAUUCGCUUGAAAAGACUAUUCAUUUUGUGCAUAUAUAUAAAAAGAAGGGUUAGUGGUUAUGUCUUUUUAUUGUUCAUCCACUGUCUCUGUUUUCAAUUUGAUUUCGUUAGAGGACAUACCUGUUACAGAGAAGCUUCUUUAUUUGUUUGGCUUGGUCAUUUUGUGAAGCACUGUCUUCUUGAUUUAUAUACAUACAUUUGUAAGAUUGUUUCAUUGGAUUAUCAAUUUGAGUUGGUGCGUAA